GGCGCGGGAGGCGGCGGGGAGCAGAGGUCGGAGUCGCCCGCGCGGACUCGGCCCGAGGCGCCGCGGCACCAUGGCGGUGGGCGCCCGGCUCCGGAGCACGGCGGCCAGCAGCCUCCAGCGCCGCGGGCGCCGGGGGCGAGGGCGGCCGGGGGGCGACGAGGACACGGCCGCCAUCCUGGAGCACCUGGAGUGCGGGGACGAGGACGCGGAGGCGGCGGCGAGCGGCGCGGGCGGCCCCGGGGCGCGGGGCGCGCGGAGGGUGCACCUGGCCCUGCUCCCCGAGCGCCACGAGCCGCUGGCCGAGCCGGCGCCCGCCGACAAGCCCAAGCGGAGGUACCGGCAGAAGCUGAAGAAGUACGGCCAGAAUGUCGGGAAGGUCAUCACCAAAGGAUGCCGCUACCUGGUCAUCGGCCUGCAGGGAUUUGCCGCGGCCUACUCCUCCCCGUUUGGAGUAGCCACCAGCGUGGUGUCCCUUGUCCGCUAGUGGGAGCUGCUGGGGCAGGUGCCACAAGAAUGAAUGGAAGGCUCUGCUCUAGGAACCCGGCGAAUCUAAGAACAUUUUAGACUUGAACCCACAAAAUACUUGGGAGGAAAAAAAACAAGCUUUUCUUAGUUGAAUUGGAUGAGUGUUGAGACAAAGUCAUCCCUGCCCCGUCUGCUGAGCUUUUCACGUCUCUCGGACCCAGGUGGACCAGAUGGCCAGUCCACCGAGGGUCAGGCCAUGGUUAGCGUUGAGAUUGGCAUUAGUCUGCUAAAGCCUGGCCCUUCCCGUGAGGAUGGAAGAAGUGGGGUGGAGGAAAAUGUUAGACAAAUGACAACCCUGUGGGUGGGCCCGUGGAGUGGUGAUUAUGAGGGAAAAGGGGGACUUGGUCUAUUCUGGACACAGGUUGUGGGUGACAGGGAACACACAGUCCUUGGCUGCCAUUGUCUGAGGACAGCAAAGAAGCAGUUUGUUUCUGAAGUCAUUUUCCCUCAUCUCCUCCCCUGAACCCCACCCCUGUGCCACCAGGAGCUUAGUGACAGGCUUGAGAAGAAGGAAGGAAGACAAAAAUCCCAGUGAAGGCUAUGAUGCUUUGAAAACAGUCAUGACUGUUUCAAGUAGAUGAAGGCAUGUCAUUUUCACCCGUCUCUGACAUGCAGUGCAGCCAGCAUCGAGGGCAGGAGUGACAGCGCGUUCAUAUGCCUGCUGGGGGGCUGGUCCCAGUUGUCGGAGGGCCUGCUCCUGAAGGCUGUUGUGCCCAGCCCAGCUCAUGUGUUUGAGGCUGGACAGACUUCUGCACUGGCAGAGGCCAUGGCCUCCUGACUCUGCCUGCUUGGCAAUGUCAAUCCACUCCUGACGGAUGCUCAAUGCCUCCCGUAGGCCACACCGACUUGGGGUAGUUUGUGUUGGGGCAAAGGGGAUGAGAUAGAGAGAGCAAGACACAAUGCCUGCAAAUGAAAGUGUGUGAGUUACAGAAGGAACCAGGAAGUGGGAGACAGGUGAUAAGGAAGUAGACCUAAGCUAAGAAGGACGUUGGAUAGAGAAGUAAAGUACAGGAACCAGGUCUUGAUUAUCAGCCGUGGCAAUUCUUAGGUGGCCUGGGCCUUUGGCUCUAGACAGGGCCCAGAGGUGGCCGGGUGGCCAGAGGUGUCAUGGCUGGUUUUCAGAAGGCCUCUGAGGCCCAUGGGCUCCCGUUGACUGUCUUUGUAACCUCCUUUCCUCUUCUACACUGCCCAGUUUGACCACAUCUCACCUGGAGUCACAGGACGGGAGUGGGCCCUGGGUCUGACACCCACGGAGGAUGAUCUGUGGACUGCCGUUGACCAUUGGACAGAAAGAUGAAGGAAUGAGGAGUCCUUACCAGGACCCUCUGUAAAUCCCCACCAUUGGCUAGCUGUUGUGACUUUGUUUCCAGAAUAACCAAAAAUCCAAAGUGGUGGUUGCUGACCAAUCUGCAGGUUAGGUGGCAACACCUACCUAUUGUCCCAGGAGGUUUCCCAGGGCGUGCAAGGGGGGCCUUAAGUCUCAUGUGUUACAGGUCUGGUGUCUUGGGAGGUGGAGAAGUGUGACGACAGACAGACAGAAAAAGGAAUGGGUGGGGGAGAAACCUGCCGCAGCUAGGCUCAGCUUCACUUUCUGGAGACUCCUGUUGAAGAUGAACUUGGACCCAACUCCUGCAGCAUUAAUAUUUGUGAGGAAAAGAGAAAACAAAUUGUCUUGUUUUAGCCCAAAUGAUGAAAGUUGAUAAUGGCACAUUUUCACACAUAUAAGGUAAUUAUAGCUAACCUGCCAACACCAGGAGUUGGGGAAAAGAAGAGAUGUAAGUGGAAGAAAAAGCACAGCAUAGUCCGUGAGAAGGACAGCCAGGCCAUGGGAAGCCUGCUGGUCGCAGGAAAUGAACCAGUUAAACCAGCUGCCGUGGAGUUGACGCCAACUCACGUGGUGACCCCAUGCGUAUCAGAGUAGAGCUGUGCACUGUAGCGUUUUCAAUGGCUGAUUUUUCAGAAGCAGGUUGCCGGGACUUUCUUCCAAGAUGCCUCUGGGUGAACGUGAACCUCCAGCCUUAUAGGUAGCACCUGAGUGCUUUAGCCAUUUGCACCACCCAGGGACUCACCUGUGCUGUGUUUGGACACCUGUGAACCAGUGGAGCAGAAGAGCACCAAAGAAGCUCACCAAGUCUUCCUGGGGAAAUGGAAGUAUGACCAAGAAGGGAUGAGAGCUGGGAGGGUUUUCCUUGCCGGGGAGUCUGUCCAACAAAGACUCCCCUCCAGCUGGAGAAACUGCAGAGCCAAGCACAAUUGGCCCCCAAAUUCUUAAAUUCCAGUUAAAAAUUAAUCCAGAAAUUCCAAAAGUCCAAACUUCCUAGGGAGUGUCCUGGGAGUCAGGUUCACGAGUACAGAAGAUUAACGGCUCUAGGCUGUCGCUGAGCUUGAGUCCUUCCCCAGUGACAGGGCACCAUGCCUUUCCCUCAGUUCUCUGAGCUCAUGGCUUUCAACUCCAGGCGCUGAGUUGCAGACCAUCUUUU